UCUCCUAAUCCUUGAACCUUGAGAUUUCUGAUGCCUGAAUCAGUUUCGAGCACAAAAGGGAGAACUGGAACAAGGUCAUGGCUUUUAACACCCUUAUUUGUCAUCGUUCUCCCGGUGGCUGUGGCUGCGCUUCUAUUCCAGAUCGAACCGUUUGAACCGGUUCUGUUGCCGGUCCAGCUGAGCCGGUCCAACUUGGCGGUCCCUUCACGUAACGACCACAUGCGACGAGGAUCUGAAACUGUGGCAGAGGGAUACGUGGCAGGACCCGAAGACAUAGCCUACGACGCCGACGCGGGUGUCUUUUACACUGGCUGUGAGGACGGGUGGAUCAAGCGAGUUACGGUGAAUGACUCAGUCGUUGACUCGGUGGUUGAAAAUUGGGUGAACACUGGUGGAAGGCCACUUGGACUUGUUUUGAACCAGAACGGCGAACUCAUAAUUGGUGACGCCGAAAAGGGACUGCUAAGAGUGACAAGUGAAAAGGAGGUUGAGGUGUUGGUGAAUGAGUUUGAGGGCUUAAAAUUCAAAUUAACAGAUGGCGUUGAUAUAGCAGAUGAUGGUACUAUUUAUUUCACGGAUGCUUCACACAAAUACUCACUAAAGGAUGCUGUCUUAGACAUCUUGGAAGGGAAGCCUAAUGGCAGAUUCUUUAGCUAUAAUCCGUCAACAAAGAAGACAACCCUGCUAGCUCAAGACCUCUACUUUGCCAAUGGUGUUGCAGUCUCAGCAGAUCAACAUUUUGUGGUCUUCUGUGAAUCUGUCCUGUUGAGGUGCAAUAAAUAUUACAUAAAGGGCCCUAAAAAAGGAACAAUAGACAAGUUUUGUGACCUACCUGGCAUGCCUGAUAACAUUCAUUAUGAUGGACAAGGGCAGUAUUGGAUUGCAAUAGUCACGGCCUAUACUCCUGAAUUGGAUUUAGCAUUUAGAUACCCUUUCAUAAGGAAGGCAGUAGCAAUCAUAACAAAGUAUGUAUGGAAUCUACCUAUAUCGAAGGCUGGGGGAGUUCUGGCCGUGGAUUUAGACGGAAAACCAACAGCACAUUAUUAUGAUCCCAAAUUAUCAUUGACCAGUGGGAUUAAAAUUGGGAACCAUAUAUAUUGCGGUUCCAUUUUCUACCCCUUUGUCAUGCGUCUAAAUAUUAAGCAGUAUCCUGCUCUCCCCACAGUUUGA